CGCGCGCUCCCGCUCACGCUCUUUGGCAGUGUCGCGCGGACUGUCGGGAUCAUGUCCGCCAUGUUUUCACACCAGCCGAGAAAAAAAAGCCAGUGAAAAAACACCAGAACUCGCUUAGAGAUGCCUUUAACCGCCGGAUUUCGAUCGGAGGGACGUCAGUGAGCGCGGCCGCGGAGAGAACCGUCGGCUCGUGUGUAUAUUUGUACCGAAUGAUCCGUGUUUAGUGUGUUUGUGAUCGCUGAAAACAAUGAGUAAACUCUCGUUCCGCGCGCGAGCGCUAGACGCCGCCAAACCGCUGCCGAUUUACCGCAAUAAAGACCUCCCGGACCUCACCGACUGCGUCUCCAUCAACCGAGCGGUUCCGCAGAUGCCGACCGGGAUGGAAAAGGAAGAGGAGUCGGAGCACCAUCUCCAGAGGGCCAUCUCUGCCCAGCAAGUGUUCAGGGAGAAGAAGGAGAGUAUGGUCAUCCCUGUCCCAGAGGCUGAGAGUAACAUCACGUAUUAUGACCGCCUUUACAAAGGAGAGUUCCGCAUCCCCAAACAGCUCAUCCACAUCCAGCCUCUGGGUCUGGAUAACGAGCUUCCUGACUAUGAUAUGGACUCAGAGGACGAGACUUUACUUAACAGACUCAACCGCAAAAUGGAGCUCAAACCUGUGCAGUUCGAGACCAUGAUGGAUCGGUUAGAGAAAGCAAGCACCAACCAGUUGGUCACUCUUCAGGAAGCCAAGCUGCUGCUAAAUGAAGAUGACUACCUAUUGAAGUCAGUCUACGACUACUGGGUAAGGAAGAGGAAGAACUGCCGGGGCCCAUCGCUCAUUCCUCAGAUCAAGCAGGAGAAGAGGGAUGGCUCCACCAACAAUGAUGCUUACGUGGCCUUCAGGCGUCGCACAGAGAAGAUGCAGACUAGGAAGAAUCGCAAGAAUGACGAAGUGUCUUAUGAGAAGAUGCUGAAGCUGAGGAGAGAGUUCAGCCGAACCAUGAGCAUCCUGGAGAUGAUCAAGAAGAGAGAAAAGAGCAAACGCGAGCUGCUGCAUCUGACGCUGGAAGUGUUUGAGAAAAGAUAUCAAAUUGGAGACUUCUCAGGAGAGAUUCUGAAUGAGGUCACUGUACCUCUGGCAGAGAAAACCAUUUACCCUGCGCCCAUAUCCCUACCCUUGAGCAGUCGGCACAAGACGGAGAGCAAAAUUAAAUCACACAAAUCCGGACCCAAACACCUCCACCCCUUCACAGUCAAGCCUGAGCCUCACUUUGACUUUGUGCGUUCCCAUAAAAAGUACAACAAGAGGCCCAGACUCGAUACGUUUCGCCAGCCUGGUCGACCAGAGCGACCGCAAACCAUCAACAAGGCAGACAUUAAACAAUAUGACUUCCACAGCUCUGGAGAGGAGGAUUACCCAUUGUCUCCAGCUUCAGAGCCGGAUGAAGAGAAUGAUCCUGAUGGAGUCUUUGCCUUCAGACGGAAAGCUGGCUGCAGUUACCAUGCUCCACUGGUGGACCAGAGCUGUCCUCCUCACUGGCAGCAGACGGGUCAGGACCGGCUGUGGCAGCGGAACUGUCUCACUGCCCUCUCUGUGCCCAGACGCUGCAUCGCAGUGGCUCACGGGAGGGUGGGCAGAGGUGGCAGGGUUGUUUUGGAUCGCACCUCGUCAGAUCUGGACCGUGCCCUCAGGCAUCUGGACCCUGACAUGUUUUAUCCCUCCGCCGACUCUAUUGUGCCUGACCUCCCCGUCCACACAAACACAAACUCUCACAGCUCCAGAUCAAGCCCUCAGCGCUCACUGACUCAGCUCCUGAGUGACAUCCAGGCCAGCAGGUGGAAGUUUUUCCGUCCUCGGCCGCUACAGGAGAACACGAGAGGUGAGGACAAGAAAGGGACUCUGCAGGUGGAGAAAGUUGCAUUGACGCCACUCUCUAACAGCGUGUCAGGUGGAUUCACAGAAGAACAGUUUCACUCCCAUCAGCAGCAGCUGGUUCAGAUGCACAAACAGUUACAGCAGCAAGAACUCCAGCAGACCUCAACAGCACCAGAACUUCACACACACCUGCCUAUCACAGCGUCAUCUGACUGCAUGUCUAAGACUCUGGACUCGGCUAGUGCACACUUUGCUGCCUCUGCUGUGGUCAACACUCCCAACAAUGAAAACAGGCCCCAGAUCGCGAGUGUCAACGGCGUCCUUCCCAAUUCAGGAAGCUUUAGACAAGCCAAACUGAGCCGUUCUGUUCAGAGUGGAGGUGGCGGUGAGUCAGGCUCUUUAGUACGGAUGACGAAUGCAUCGAGCCCACAGCUGCCCGUCCCUCAGUCCCUGCCUCACGGCCACGGGCACCUGAGCACCGUGAGCGCUGUGUCGCCCGCUCAUACACACCACAGUGUGCGACUGUGCGCCCCUUCACCCUCAGCCUUAAAGUUGGCUAGUGUUGCUAGCAGUUUGGACCGGGUGCCCAAAGUCACCCCCACUAGUGCCAUCGACAUUGCCAGGGAGAAUCAUGAACCAGAGAGACUGGCUCUUAAUGGAUUAUCAGAGACCACAGUCGCCAUGGAGGUCACAUAGCCCAUCCAAAAACACAAAGACUGCAGUACUGAGAGCUGUGCGCUUCUACACGGACUUAUACCCAAUAACAGCAUAUCAAAAUAUUAAGAAAUUUGUCAAUAUUAUAAGUGUACAUUUUGUAAAAUUGGGAAUUAUCACUACCUUGUAAAAUAGUAUAUUUGUAUCAUUAGUCUGUCAUUUCUGUUACUUGAAUCCUAGAUUGUUUUUUGUUUUUUUUGGUUUUUGUUUUGUCAUCAUGCUUUUGCACUUGAAAAUGCAAGCAAGACAAGUGCAUCAGUUCAUGUUGGGAUUAUGAGCAUGAAAUAGGUCCUGCGUCACUUGUUUUAACUAUUUAUUUUGCAAUGUUUACAUUUUUGUAUCUCGUACAAAUAAAUCCAAUUUUGUGACCACAAAAUGCAGACAUAGCUAGUAUACCAUGCUUUGUGCUUGUUUGUUUUUUGCUUUUUCAUAGGAAGGAGAAAGCUGAAUCUGGUUUCACAGAAGGGGGUAAUCUUCCCUCUCAAAAUGUCAACCAUUUUUAAUUGGUUUAUUUUCUUGCCUUCCUCUCCUCGUCUUACCAAGAAUAGUAUGUUUCGUCUGACUGUGCUCAUGAGAAGCUCCUUUAGAAAUUGAGAAGACCUUCAACCUCCUGCUCUUCCGAUGGAAGCCCUCAUUGUCAUCUGUCUUUAGCCGUUGCUGGUUAACCAGCACUGAAGGAGCUGUUCAGGGUUCUGACUGGUGUUGUAUUGAGAGUAAACUCUACAGGUCACAAAUACUGUCAGCCAUCUUGUUUAUGAAUGCUGAAGUUUAUACAUCCUCAGUCCAGUGUCUUCAAAUAAAUUUCCCCUUUUCAAAUGGCCUUUUUAAUGAAAUGAGUGAAUCUACGGCCACAGCUGGCAGUCAUUUGCAUUUAGUACACUGUAAAAAAAAUAUAUAUUUUUUUCAGUUAUAACUCAGACACCCGUGUUUUGGUCUUGUGAUGUCCAGGGAAAAGUAUAAAAGCUUACAGGCCUUUGUUAUGGACUCAGACAUGAUUGAAUUUUAAAAGCCAUUUUCAAGGUGCGUUACUGUGGUCAGCAGCUUGUGAUCAGUUCCUUGUGUUUCUGUUUAACUUUUUAGGGUUCAAUAUGGAUGUAGUUUAACAAUGCAAGAAUGGGCUUUAACCACCAGGGGGCUCAUAAGCUCUUCUAGACGUGUUGCCAGGAGGAAGUUGCUGGUUGGCAGUUGUCGGGCAGGUUCCUCAAGUUUUGUUUUUUUUUUUCUCAGAAGUCGAGGACGCUUCCCUUGCAACCCACACGCUUCCUGCCGUUUUUGCUCAUGGAAGUCUUUGAGACAAUCACCUGAGUCGUACCUGCCAAAAAUCUGAAAUAAUCGGUAAAUUACUUUCUCGAUGCCGAUGAAGUGCGACACAGCCUCGGUGCUUACAUUUCGGGGGAAUAAAACUGCAAAAUGCUUACUCAUUGCAUAUUAAUCUGGGAUAAUUAAAUAUUUUAUCAUCACGUUCAGCCGCUAACAGAAAGAACUACAUUUAUUUGAAAUAAAAAGUUGGUAAUGUUAUGUCUUUACUGUCACUUUUGAGAAGGAAAUAAGUAUUAAUUAAAAAAAAACAGCCCAAACAUUUAACAGUAGUGUAUACUGACAAGCUUAAAGAAGCAACACAUGAUUUUUCUGAUUUUAUUGGUUUCUUAUAUGAAGCUUAUCUAAAGAAAGAAAAAUGUUUUGCUUAUAUACAAAUCAGCAAAGAACCAAAACGAAUUUUAAAGAAAGUGUAUGCUUUUUCAGUUCAUUUUAAACAUUAAAAAACACGAAUUAAAUGCUAAUUCAAAUACUUCAAAUAGUGAAACUG